GGCCUCACUACUACCGCCAAUACCUUCGCCUCCUGCGAAAUGGCAUACCUCUUCAAGCACGCCGCAAUAGGAUCCAUUAUCCGGUACUGUGGCACGGGUAAAAUUUCCUUCACACGAGCGAAAGGCAAGAACGUCUCAUCGAGCUCGUCAUCCGACGACGUCGAUGGAGCUGGACCUCCGAUCGACGGCGAAGUUUCUGCGAACCAUUUGGUAACCUGGAAUGGAAAGGAUGACUCUUCCAACCCCCAAAAUUGGCCUUUCUGGCAGCGGCUUGUCAUAACGCUGAUUUUAUGUUUCUGGACCUUUGCAGUCUUCGUCGGAUCGUCCAUCUACACUUCUAGUCAGGAAGGCGUCAUAGAGGAAUUCAGCGUCACCCAUGCCGAGGGCGCUCUCGGCCUCUCGCUAUACGUUUUGGGUUAUGGGUUGGGGUCAUUGCUCUUCUCCCCUCUCAGCGAGGUUCCCGCUAUCGGUCGCAAUCCCCCAUAUUUCGUUUCCGGUUUCCUAUUCGUCAUUCUCUGCAUCCCGGCUGCACUUGCCAGCAACUUCUCAGGCCUGAUGGUAUUGAGGUUUCUACUGGGAUUCAUGUGCUCGCCCUCUCUGACAACCACCGGAGCGUCUCUUGGCGACAUCUGGUCUGCGCCCGACUUCCCCUUCGCCAUGGCUCUCUUUAGCCUUGUCACCACCAUGGGACCUACCUGUGGCCCUACCAUCUCAGCGUAUGCUGUUCGUACAAUGGGCUGGCGGUUCAGUGCCUGGGAAUUGCUGAUCAUCAGUGGAUUCAUCUUCUCCCUGGUGGCCUUGUUGGUUCCGGAGACUAGUGCGCAAACCAUUCUGUUCUACGAGGCAAAGAGAAGGCGUGAGGACACAGGUAACCAGGCUCUGAUGAGCGAGGCCGAAAUCAAACAAAAGAAUUUGGAAGUGAAGACUAUGCUUUGGAACGCCUUCGUCAAGCCAUGGGAGAUGAACCUCAAAGACCCAGCCCUCAUGUUCACCACCAUUUAUCUUGGGCUAGCGUAUGGCAUUUUCUACAGCUUCUUCGAGUCAUUCCCAUUCGUCUAUCCUGUAUACUACAACUUCAGUCCCACAGCCGUUGGCCUGGUUUUCCUCGCUGCGAUCCCAUCGUGCUUUAUCGCCUUCACAAUGCAGUGUCUCUUUCUCAAAUACAAAGUCAUGGCGGGGCUCAAGAACGGCACCUUCGGCGAGCUUGAAGUUUACCUUCUUCCCGGCCUUGCGGCUUCGCCCUUCAUCCCCGCCGGGCUUUUCAUAUACGCUUGGACUGCGCGCACCUCCACUCAUUGGAUGGCCCCUACCGUCGGUCUCAGCAUGGUCAUCUUCGGCAUCUACUCCAUUGGGCAAUGCAUAUUCUUGUACAUCCCCAACAUUUACCCCAAGUAUGCCGCCAGCAUCUUCGCAGCCAAUGGGCUGGCGAGGAGCUUGUUCGCCGUCGUCGCCGUGCUGGUUGCGAAACCCAUGUUCGAGGGAAUAGGCGUAGGUGGCGGUGUUAGCUUACUGGGGGGGUUGAUGGUUGUGUGCAUGUUUGGUCUUUUCUUCUUGUACAAGUACUGCAAGAUUCUUAGGAUGAGAACCAAGUUCGCAGGAGCUUGA